AUGGUCACGUGCGGCGUCAGGGGCGAUGGACUCGGCAACUUCCUUUUCAACGGCAACGCCGGCGCGGCCGCGGGCUUGAGCCCUCCAUUCGGAUAUACCGUGCAGACCAUCACGACGUCCGCCGACGAGGUGACGCCCGAGGUCCAGACGCUGACGACGUCCGCCGUCGACGUCGACGAGAUCCAGACGGUCCUCGCGUCCGCGACGAUCAGCGACGAGAUCCUUGGCCGUCUGCGCGGCGUCGAGAGCGUCGCCGAGAAGCAGUGCGUCACCUCCGCCGUCGGCGACACGCCCGAGGUCCAGGCCUUUGGCUUCUGCGUGCUCAACGCGGACACGAACCAGUGCUCUCUGGAGGCGUCGAUGGGCGCGCCCGACGCGGACCGCGAGAGCGUCGUCCCGACGUUCGACAUCUCGUGGGACAUCACGGACUGUGGCCUUGCCGCGGACGUCGACUUCUGCCAGCGCGGCGUCGACGAGGACAGCACCACCUCCCGCGACAGCGUGCCGACGAACGACCGCACCGCGGCCUCCAUCGACCUCUACGACUCGUCGAACGUGCUCUUGUCGACGGCCGACAUGGAGACGGCGUUCCAGGCCAUGCCCUACUCGAGCAUGCAGAUCAUCAUCGACGCCGACGGCGUCGGCCGCGACGCCGGCGGCGGCUCCGGCACGACGUGCACGGGCGUCUACCACGUCGAGUACCGCGUCACCUUCACGGGCCGCCACCACCGCGACAACGUGCCGUCGAUCGCGCUCACGACGUCCUCCGCGCUCUCGACGUACUCGUCGACGUACGGCGGCUACACGGCCGUCUCGGGCUCGGACACGAUCGGCUACCUCAGCUCCUGCUGCGAUUCCACGUGCUCCUCGAGCUGCCCCGACGAGCUCGGCUUCGCGUACCUGGAUGACCAGGUCGCCUACUCGAUCCUCGAGGGCAACCAGCCCGACGGCUCCAUCAAGCUCGAGUACGAGUGCGAGGCGCGCACGUCGCCGCUCGACAGCGCGGCCGUGACCUACGGGUCCACGUCCGCGCUCCUCAACGGCGCCCAGGUCACCGUCAAAAAGGGCGACUGGGUCCGCCUCGGCACGACGUCCGACUCCUACUACGAGGUCGACAAGGUCUACGGCGACGGCUCGUACCAGGCGAACGUCUCCUUCGCGACGGCGUACGCCGGGUCCACGGCCGUGCUCACGGACGCCGAGGUCGGCGUCUUCUACAGCGACCCCUCGUCCGACGACGGCGUCUCCUCGGCCUGCGCGACGUCGCGCGUGCGGUCCACGGACGUCAUCAACGUCGACGCGUCCGCGGCGACGUGGUCCUCGACGCUCCGCUCCGUCGCGACGAUCGAGUCCGCGUCGGACUACCUCGUCGUCACCGCGGCCAAGCCCCUCCCGGGCAACGGCAGCUACGUCGGCCUCUACGUCGACGUCGAGUUCCUCGCGCUGCACGGCGACCUCAAGCCCAUGGUCUGCGACACGUCCUACCUGACGGCGUCGUCCGACGCGACCAGCGCGUACUGCAACGUCACGACGCUCCAGGACGGCUCCCUCGCCGACGGCGACUUCUCGCUCACGACCUACUGGCCCAACGAGCGCGUCGCCAAGCCGAGCCCCUUCAACGCGACGGGCCUCCGCUGGAACUCGCCGUCGGACACGAUGGACGCGGUCAUGGAGCGCGUCGGCGCGGGCGACGGCGUCAGCCUCGCCUUCGGCCUCGUCGACGUCUCGCGCUCCGCCUACACGCCGUCGACGGACGCGCGCUGGUCCGGCGGCUACGCCUGGACGGUCACCUUCCUCAGCGCCAUCGGCAACGUGCCGCAGAUGAAGGUCGAGUCGAACGUGACCGUGUCCUACGCGGCCAAGACCAAGAGCCUCGCGAGCUCCUACUGGGGCCACUCCGCGGUGACGCUCGAGGUCGAGGACGAGUCGAGCGGCUCCGAGGACACGUACCAGGGCGACGCGAACUCCUACACCUUCGGCCUCGACUCGACGGGCGUCGCCGCGGACGGCGGCCAGGUCUCCGGCAGCUACGGCCUCACCUUCGGGGACACGACGUCCGCGGACACGGCCUGUAGCGUCGCCAACGCGACGUCCUACAAGGCCAUCUCCGACGCCGCCUUCAAGGCCCAGUUCCAGGCCGCGCUCUUCGCGGGCCGCGACGUCGUCGACGUCUCUCGCAGCUCGAGCCCGAACCGCGCCGCCGCGUACACGUACACGAUCACCUACCGCUCCGCGGAGGUCGGCGGCGACGUCGCCCUGCUCGGCACGGACGCCACCCAGCUCUCGGGCACGGGCGCGUCCGUCUCCGUGAGCGUCGAGGAGGAGGGCGCGCAGAUCUACGGCUCCUUCCAGCUCCGCUUCAACGGCUACACGACGGGCGUCGUCUCCUACGACGCGAGCGCCGAGGACGUCGAGGCGCAGCUCAACGCGCUCCAGAGCAUCUCGCCGUCCAAGGUCACGGUCUCGCGGAGCGGCCCGCUCACGACGGGCCCGGACCUGGCGCCCAACGCCUACCUCUACCGCGUGUCCUUCGUGGGCGCCGGCGACGUCGACGCGCCCGAGUCGAACCACGGCCUCGUGUUCAACUACACGAGCAAGGGCCGCGUCGGCCGCGACGGCUUCAUGGACGGCGGCUGCAACCCGUUCGAGACCGAGUACCAGAACGUGACGGCCUUCACGGCCCAGAACGGCCUGGUCAACAAGAACAACUGCACCUACAGCGGCUGCCUCGACGGCGUCAUCCAGCGCGGCAACCUCACGCUCUUCCAGGUCGAGGGCGACCCGCUCGGCGCGUCGAACCUCCCGUGGAACGCGCGCGAGUACGGCCGCGACGACGACUACGAGUCGCCCGCGGUGGGCGCGUCCCGCGUCGCGCCGUCCGACGGCAGCGGCCUCCAGGAGGCCACGCACUACGAGCUCCAGACGAGCUCCUCCUUCGAGGGCACGGGCGUCACGACCUACACCAUCGACACGGACCGCAUCCCGUCGGCGCUCGUCGACGACUACGAGUCGCCCGCGGUGGGCGCGUCCCGCGUCGCGCCGUCCGACGGCAGCGGCCUCCAGGACGGCCUGCUCUACUACCACACGGCGAUCAACAGCGUCGGAUACUCGCUGCCCCAGGCGACGGACUCGGCCAUGAGGCCCACGACGACGCCCGGCGCGCCGACGUUCGUCGUCCUGUCGACCGUGUCGACCCCGAACCCCCCGGUCCAGUUCAGCGGCCCGACGUGGGACGGCGGCGACGAGAUCAUGUCCUACCUCGUCGAGUACGCGACGGACGCGGCCAUCCCGUCGACGGAGAGCGUCACCGUGCUCGAGCUCGGCGUUCGCGCGCUUGGAGGAGACAUUCUGGUCGUCUAG